GGGUUGCGAAUCCUGCAAAGGGUCAAUGAUAUGCUUGAUAGAUGGGACCGGUACUGUCGUACUCUCCAGUAACAUUGUCGGUGAGCUCUGCAACUCUUGCUUGACGCUUCUCCUCGGCAACAUUGAAGCGGUCGUGGGUAGGAUCAGAGCUGAUGUCUUCGUGGUGAGCCAUGAUGACGGAUGAGUUGGAAGGAAGUGAUGAGCUGCUUCUGCUCGGCAAAGGAGGAUGAGUGAGGACUCUUUAUAGCACACGACCAACUCGCAUACCCCAAACAGCCAGUAUCAAGGAGUUGGUCCAUGCCAUCUAGGUUUCUCUUGGGGCCCCGCGUGACGGCCAUGCGACAUGAUCUUGCUCCAGUAUUCCCCAGUGUGUACCAGUUUCUCCAUGUCGCCCCGCUCAAUAUCACACGGUUUAUGUGGCGGGUUGCAUCCGAGAGUACUGCAAUAGUCGGUAAAGCCAAAGGUCCUAAUCGGCCCUUUGUUGUAGCCGUACCCUACCUAUCUCUCGGCGUGGUCGUGUUGUUUCGGCUUGUCGUCUCCUCGGAAGAGCCUCUCGGGAAAGCGACCAGUCGGGGAAGCCGUGACCCCACUGGAGAAACGCCCUUCGUACCGUGGCGCACCGUUGUAAAACCUCGUUCCUCGCUCCCACCUUUGAUGAAUAUACAACACUUCCAUUCUCUGACGGCGUGCAUCGUGCAAUCUUCAUCCCAAGCUUCCUGCUGGUGUUUGAGGCGUUCAAGGGGUUGUGGGCGUGUGAGUGAGGCUUUUGUUGAUAUUGUCUCGAAGAUCGGGUCGACCAAUGCAUGGCAUGGCAUUCGUGACCACAGCUUGAUGUCGCAGGUGCAAAGAAAGUGUUUUCGCUUGGUCGGCGGUUGCCGGGAGGGGUUGUCAGAGUUUGUCACCAUUUGCUGCUCCCGGCGACGGCAGGGGCGCGGUGUUGACGGCUCAGGCGCCAUACAACGGACGUGGAACAAACCUUGGAAUUUGGGCGCUAUGAAGGUGACGAUGCAGCGCUUUCGCUUGGACUGCGCAUCUGCGACUACGACAUGUCCAAUAUCAUCUGGAGCAGCUCUGCCACAGGAUGUGACAAUGAUCUAGAGAAACACAAAUUGAUCAUUGUUGAGCAAGCAGAAGAACUCGAAGCAUCACCUCCAAGCUCUUCUCAGAAUCUUGUUCAAGAAAGCAC